AUGGUGGUUUUGAGAAACAACAAAGUAACGACGGAAACGCCAAAGACGACGGAAAUGGCGGAACCGUCGAAUUCCACAAAAAUGGCGGAACCGUCGAAGUCGACAGAAGCGGCGGAAUCGCCGAACCCGACUGAGGAGUCGACAGAAGCGGUGGAGUCGCCAAAGCCGACUGAGGCGACAGAACCGUCGAAGGCGACCGAAGCGGUGGAACCAUCGGGGUCGAGAGAAACGGAGGCGGAACUGUCGAAGUCGACAGAAGCGGCGAAUCGCCGAAGACGACUGAGGCGACAGAACCGUCGAAGGCGACCGAAGCGGUGGAACCGUCGAGGCCGAGAGAAACGGAGGCGGAACUUCGAAGCCAACAGAAGCGGCGAUUUCCACCGAUGA